AUGACUCUUACAGCAGUCCCCACACCUCACCUUAGCUGCCCAGAGGACACAGCAGAGGGACGGCUGCCCGGGCCUCACUGGAAAUUUGACAAAGGCAUAUAUUGCAUAUCUUGUCAGUUUUAUGCUACACUUUCUUAUCCUCCCUCUCUCUCUCCCCUUCUCUCUCUCUCUCUCUCUGCCACCACCCCCACUGCAGUGAACAGACAUAACCAUCUGAAGGACUUCAUGCUGGUGGUGUCCAUAGUCAUAGGCAUGGGUGGCUGCUGGUUCGCCUUUAUCCAGAACCGCUACUCCAAGGACCACAUGAAGAAGAUGAUGGGGGACCUGGAGGGCCUGCAGAGGGCUGAGCAGAGCCUGCACGACCUGCAGCAGAAGCUUCAGAUCGCUCAGGAGGAGCAUCGCACGGUGGAGGUGGAGAAGGUGACGCUGGAGCAGAAGCUGCGGGACGAGAUCAACAUGGCAAAGCAGGAGGCCUACCGACUGCGGGACCUGCGUGCGGGCACAGAGAAUGAGCUGAGCCGCCAGAAGUACGCUGAGGAGGAGCUGGACCAGGUGCGCAUGGCUCUGAAGAAGGCAGAGAAGGAGCUGGAGUCACGCAGCAGCUGGUCUCCCCCCGACUCCCUGCAGAAGUGGCUGCAGCUGACGCACGAGGUGGAGGUGCAGUACUACAACAUCAAGAAGCAGAAUGCGGAGAAGCAGCUGCUGGUGGCCAAAGAAGGGGCUGAGAAAAUUAAGAAGAAGAGGAACACCAUCUUUGGGACCUUCCAUGUGGCACACAGCUCUUCACUGGAUGACGUGGAUCACAAGAUCCUGUCAGCCAAACAAGCCCUGGGCGAGGUGACGGCAGCCCUCAGGGAGCGACUCCACCGGUGGCAGCAGAUCGAGGUUCUAACGGGCUUCACGAUCGUCCACAACCCGGGCCUGCCCUCCCUGGCCUCGGCUCUCAACCUAGACCCCAGCUUCAUGGGCGGCCGCGCUACGCCCCAGCCCUUCCUCCUGUCAGACGACAUGGACGACAUGGAUGACGAGUUCAUGACGCCAGGAACCCUCCAAUAUGCCGCCUGGGUCAUGAAUCGACGAGCAAGCGACUUGUGGUCCCUCGGCUCGGACAGCCAGUCCCUGUGGAAAAACUCGGCCCCCAGUAUGAUGUCACUGCGCCAACGCCACAUGGACCCGCAGCUGGCCAUGGGCUCCCAGAGGGACCUGAACCGCUCCGACUCUGAAUCGUCCCUCUGCAUCUCCCAGGCAGGGGAGCAGCUGCGGCUCUCCGCCUCUUACGGUGGCUCCAAGGUCCUAAUGACAAAGCCCACCUCCCUGAUGCACGACCCCGGAUCCCGCGUGGAUGAGACCGGACCCCAGCCACUGCACGGCCACACCCCCAACGGAGGCGGCCGCGUGCAGGACGUCUAUCCGGAGGCUGUCCCCGAUAGCCCCAUCCUCAUGAAGAAGAUCUACGGCAUUGAGAAGUCGGCCAGCCUCGGCGAGAUCAACAGCGCCCAGGCGGUCCAGGCCGUCCAGCUCUCCAUGUCUGAGUCGUCACGCUCCCUGAGCCCAAACUCCACCGACCCGGACACACCCUCCCCCACGGGGCUGCCCGGGGUGGCCGGGUACAAGGUAAACAGCCGGAUCCCCCAGCUGUCUGCCAAGAAGAGCCCCCUGGAGGAUGACUCCACGGGCGAAGACACUGACUCCAUUGCCAGCCGGAAGAAACACACCUUCACAAAGAUCUUCAAGAAGCAGAGGAAGUAAAAAGCUGAAAAUAAUUUACAAAAAAAAACAGGAACUCUGGACUGCUUUAUAGCUGUCAACGCUUUUUUUUUUGUUUAUUCUUUUUUUUGUUGUUGUUGAUGGUAAAGAAUCAUUUUCUGUCUUUGAAGCAAAUGUCCAAAUAUAUGUAUUCAAUUUUUAUUUUUAUUUUCUCACUGGUUACAAACGAUGGCACAAACAGUUGCCUUUUGAAGGUUUUGUAAGGUACUUUUUUUCCCUAGGAUUUUUGGGAGCAACCAGCAAGUAAAUUAUGUCAUUGUGUUUCUUUUUGUCUUUGGUUUAUGACAAAAUAUUUCCUCUUUUGGGUUGGGGUUGCAUAUGAUAAUGCAAAGCACUAUUUAUUCUGCAGGAAACAGUGCCAGUCUUUCAAAGGGACGCCUCCCUUUUCAGACAUAAUACUUGUCCUAUUAUCUCUUUUCGUUUUGCAUGUCUAGCUUCGUUUGAUUGAAAUCUUGAAUGUUUUUAGGUGUUUGCUUGGUUAACAUCCCUUUCACAGAAACAGAAUAUUUCAGUUUUCAUCGUCUCUGCUCCAUUUUGCCACCUUCGUCACACCUUCCUGGUAGUAGAUAAACAACCCAACUCUGAGCUACCCCAUGACCCUUGCUAGGAAGGUAGAAAAGGGCUGAGCUAUAUAUAUAUAUAUUUAUAUAUAUAUGUGUGUAUGUCUAUGUGAUAACCUUCCUUAAUAUCUUGUGCUAAUGCUGAAUUUGUAGUAUUCUGCCCUGUAGGCAAACGGCUACAGUCAAAAAACAUCUACAGUCAAUAAAAGAGUGGUGAGUCCCAGUCAUGGACAAGGCCUUAAGGGGUUGUCGGAACACAUUUUUAAACUGAUCUUUUUUUACUGUUGAGACCAAAUCGCUCAGACAAAAAAAAAAAAAGUUAUCAAGCCCUGUUAAUAUGCAGAACUAUAAAAAGAAUGUAUUUUUAAAAGGUGUUAGUAAACUUAUUUUUCGUUUCGUUCAUUUAAGGUUCUCUUGUCACAACAUAGUUGACUCCUAGGGCCAUACUCUGACUUUGGAUGCAUGCAGGUAAUGUCAGCAUGCUCACUUUAAAGCAUCUUGGUCAGUAGUAGAUAGACAUGAUAUGAGUGAGUUAUUUAAGUCAAAUAAUGAAAAAAUUCCCUGUAGGUCCAUGUCAAAAGCACUGGUCAUAUCUGUUAAGUGCUUGUUUGUAUCCUAGUGGGCUGUCUUCUGUUCUUGAAUCGUAUAGUUAUUUGACCUGAAAAUAUGUGGCUGGAAUGUAUCUGUCCAGAUCUGAAGUGCCAAACCAAAGAUGUAGUGUAGAGAGACACUGGUGCUGAUUUCAGUGUCUAGAGUUCAGAUAUAUCAUAAAUAUCUGACAUUUGGUAAUGAGGCUUUGAAGAACAUAUAGAAAAUUUCAUAUCUUUUCCACAAUAAUUACACCAUUUUAUAUUUUUAUGGCAGUACAAAUGUGCCUCCGGCACUCCUGGUACCAUGACCCACACCUCACUCGGAUCCUCUGGUGCUGACCCCCAAGCACACUACUCUAAAAAUGUUUACAUGGCAACAGUUUGGAAACUUUCAAAAGGGCCUGAUCUUGUAUUUUACUGGUUGGCACUAUGCGUUUGUCAUGUGGGUUUUCCCCCUAACAUUCUGGAUUGGCUCUUCCAAAACCGUCAUAGUGCCUUGAUUUAUCAAAUUAUAUUUGGUUAUCAUGAGAUGACAAAAGUUUCUUUGUUUGUUGUUUUGAAAAAUUUAAAAAAUUUCAUUUCAAAAAGUCACAUCUGAAUUUAGCUCCCAAAAUUCCUGAGAAAGCACAGCAGUGUUGCACAGGACCCUUCUCAUCUUCAUGGAAACUCCCCAGUAUGGAGCAGAAGAUGGUAUGGAUGACAGUGCUUCAUCAAAAUGUGAAUGGUUGUAUUUCAUCUAGCAGUUUAUAAUAACAGUGUGGUGUAGGUCAUUUAUGAUGCGUCAUUUGUACCUCUCUUGCACGUAAAAGCUGUAAAUGGAUUUUUGCUCUGUGUGUGUGUGAGUGUCCGUAUGUGUGUGUCUCUGUGUGUGUGUGUGGGUGUGUGCCAAUCUAUAUCUGUUAUCAGUAAAAUGCACUGCAAUUUGUUGAUGCAUGUUAACCUGUUGCAACACUUGUUCUGCUGGGACAAGGGAGUAAAAAAUAUGUGAGCAGUUAUUUAUCUACUUAUCUCCCUUUCAGCUUCUGUUUGUGAUUGUGCAUUUGUACGGGGAAAAAAGGAAGGAUUUUGCAUCUUCUGUGACUCUUCAAGUAUUACGAAUUUUAUGGCACUCCUGCAUGAUAGCAAUAAAACGUUUUAAAAGAA